AUGUUACUCUACGAUUACGCUAACAACGAUUGGAGACAUACCCUUCCGUCAACCCGUAUCCCGCGUUUAUCCAAUGGUUCACGUAUGGUGUUAAUAUUUGCGCAGGGUGCCGUUAAAGCUCUUUCUACGCUACGCACCUACGCAGCCACGUUGUCUUCAAAACCUGCAGCAAACGAGGCCAAUGCUAUCUCACCACAGGAUUCAUCAGAUACACAGACUGGAAAUGCUGACAAUACAAGCCAGGAGCAUGCAAAUACCAUUGAUAAGCUAGAGGAGAUAUAUAUGAGUAUCCUUAAUGUGCUUCACUUCUCAGAAAGUGGGCGUGAUUGCUCUGCCUCGCGGGAUUUUCAGAUCGAUCUAGAAGAGGCCGCCGUCGCGUCCUGGCCUCAUAUGGUAUCGAACGUCUUCAUUGCCCACCUUCAGCCACGGGAUCAAGUUGGGAUUGCUGAAGGAUUUUCUUAUACGACAUUGGCUCAUUUCUAUCUGGUUUUCGUGCUCUUUGAGGAUUUGUGGUUUUUCAACCGGGGCUCUCACAAGGAGAUCGAAAAGAUCUUUCGGCUUGUGAGUGAUUUGCAAAAUGACCAACUCUUAACCCUCAUGGAGUGGCCGAUGGCUGUAAUAGCAGCAAACCGAGAACAAUUUCUCUUAAAAAGCAGCCUGGAUAGAAGUUGGAUAUAUCUAUUAGAACCAGUCGAUAUCUUCCAUCGUCACAGCUCAACUCUUCACACCCCGACCGAGAUGGACUCCACCGAAGGAAUGUUCGAAUUCAAACUAUACCGCUAUACACCCUCUCUGGGGGCAGCAGUCCUGUUCCUUGUUCUAUUCGCCCUAGUUACCUUAUAUCACCUCUACCAAGUGAUCCGUUUAAAGUCCUGGUAUUUCCUUGUGUUUGUAUUUGGAGGAGUCUUUCAAGUUAUCGGCUAUAUCUGCCGUACACUGGCACAUAACGAUACCAACUCCAUACCUAUCUAUUCCAUAGGAACGAUCAUGAUCCUCCUUGCGCCUCCUCUCUACGCCGCCUCGAUCUAUAUGACACUCGGUCGACUAAUCAAAUACCUGGACGCGGAAGCGCUCAGUAUCGUGCCCACGAGAUGGUUAACGCUGAUAUUCGUGAUCGGCGACGUGGUCGCAUUCAUUAUGCAAGCAGCAGGCGGCGGCAUCAUGGCCAGCGGGAGCAUCAGCGCCAUGAACACAGGCGAGACAAUCACCAUCGUCGGUCUCGCCGUCCAACUAGCGUUUUUCAGCGUCUUCAUCGUCACUUCGACAAUCUUCCACUGGCGAAUCCACCAAAACCCCACAGAAAGGUCGGUCAUCAAAGGCCCGUCCCAGUGGACGGAGACGACGUGGGUAACUGUAAUGGGCGUGCUUUACGUGUCGAGCGUGCUCAUCCUUGUCCGAUCGGUUUUCCGUCUGAUCGAGUAUGCGCAGGGCAACGCUGGAUAUCUGAUUAGCCACGAGGUGUUCAUGUACGUCUUUGACUCGAUGCUGAUGUUCUUCACCAUGGUUGUUAUGGGCUUCUAUCACCCCUCCAAGCUCCUGAGUCCGAGGAGUAUGGGACGCCAGUCGGAUGAUACCACGACGCAAUUGCAUCGCCUGGAGUCGGCUUAG